AUGGCUACCGUUCAGUUCCCCCUCCCUGCUCUUCCUGCAGGAUGGUCUGCUGAGAAAGACUUCAAAGUCUUGUCCAGCUUGAGCAGCGCUGCUCAGCGCAAUAUUGAGCCUGUGGGACCGCAUUUCCUGGCUCAUGCUAGAAGAAAACGCCACAACCGCACCUUCUCUGAAGAUGAGCGUAUUCAAGCUCAGAAGAAUGUCAAGAAGGUCGAUGAAGAUGAGGACGAUGAGAUAUCUGAGCCUGAGGAUCCCAUGAUGCUCCAGCGCGAUGCCAAGGACUGGAAGGGCCAAGAUCACUACGCUGUCCUCGGUCUCAGCAAGUACCGUUACAAGGCCACCUCCGAACAAAUUAAGCGCGCCCACCGCAAGAAGGUCCUCCGUCACCAUCCCGACAAGAAGGCCGCUGCCGGUCAAAGCGACGAAAAUGACAGCUUCUUCAAGUGCAUCCAAAAGGCCACUGAAAUCCUUCUCGACCCCACCAAGCGUCGUCAAUAUGAUUCUUGCGAUGAAAACGCCGACGUCGAGCCCCCAACCAAGAAGCAGCUCGAAAAGGGCAACUUCUACAAAUUGUGGGACCGCGUUUUCAAGUCCGAGGGCCGUUUCUCCAACAAGCAGCCUGUCCCCGUGAUCGGAAACGAGAACAGCACCGAGGAAGAAGUCGAGGAGUUCUACAACUUCUGGUAUAACUUUGACAGCUGGCGAUCAUUCGAGUACGAGGAUGAGGAUGUCCCCGAUGACAAUGAGAACCGUGACCAGAAACGUCACGUUGAGCGCAAAAAUGCCAACUCGCGCCGCAAGAAGAAGACUGAGGAUACCGCCCGUCUGCGCAAGCUUGUCGAUGACGCUCUUGCCGGUGAUGAGCGUAUCAAGAAAUUCCGUCAAGCCAAGCGGGCUGGCAAGGACAAGAAGCGUCUCGAAAAGGAAGCCGAGGCUAAGCGUAUUGCCGAAGAGAAGGAAAAAGCCAAGCUGGAGGAAGAGCGCAAGAAGAAGGAAGCCGAAGAAGCCGCCAAAGCCGAGCGUGAAGCCAACAAGAAGUCCAAGGAAGCCGCCAAGAACGCCGCCAAGAAGAACAAGCGUGUUCUCAGGAACAGUGUCAAGGAUGUCAACUACUUUGCUGAAGGUGGUGAUGCCUCUGCUGCCCAGGUUGACAACGUUUUGAACGAUGUCGACGCUAUCAUGGCCAAGAUUUCACUCGAGGAGUUGGCUACCUUGGCUGCCAAGUUGACUACCGCUGGUACCGAUGCUGCCGCCGUCAAGGCUGCUUAUGUCGAGGAGGCGAAGAGAUUGAUUGGCGAGGGCAAGUUGAAGGAGGCUGAAAUCAAGGCAUUGAACUAG